GAGCGGCAGGGCAGCCCCUGCUUGGGGUAGCGGGAGGGUAGAUUCUGGGCGCCACUCCCGGGCCGGUCAUGAACGGGCCGGCGGACGGCGAAGUGGACUACAAAAAAAAAUACCGGAAUCUGAAGCGGAAGCUCAAGUUCCUCAUCUACGAGCACGAGUGCUUCCAGGAGGAGCUGAGGAAAGCUCAAAGGAAAUUACUGAAGGUGUCCCGGGACAAGAGUUUCCUCCUAGACCGACUUCUGCAGUACGAGAACGUGGAUGAAGACUCUUCGGACUCAGAUGCCACUGCAUCAUCAGAUAACAGCGAGACAGAGGGGACACCCAAGUUGUCUGACACACCGGCCCCUAAGAGGAAGAGAAGCCCUCCGCUGGGGGGGGCCCCCUCUCCCUCCAGCCUCUCCCUGCCUCCUUCAACAGGGUUUCCCCUUCAGGCCUCCGGGGUCCCCUCCCCAUACCUGAGCUCGCUGGCCUCCCCCCGCUACCCCCCAUUCCCUUCUGACUACCUGGCCCUGCAGCUGCCCGAGCCCAGUCCCCUGAGGCCCAAGCGGGAGAAACGGCCCCGCCUGCCCCGGAAACUCAAGAUGGCGGUGGGACCCCCCGACUGCCCUGUGGGAGGGCCGCUGACCUUCCCUGGCCGGGGUUCUGGGGCUGGGGUCGGGACAACCCUGACCCCCCUCCCACCCCCCAAGAUGCCCCCACCCACGAUCCUGAGCACGGUCCCUCGGCAGAUGUUCAGUGACGCAGGUAGCGGGGACGAUGCCUUGGAUGGAGACGAUGACCUGGUGAUCGACAUCCCGGAGUGACCGCGACAUCACGCCAUGCCCACCACGGCCCCGCCCGGCGCCCUCCCCAUGCCAGCACACACGAGUCCAGCUUCCUCGGAGGUGUUUAUUGACGCCCAGCUGCCAUGCUCCGGCCACUGACACAACCAGAAAAGGCGUAAACAUGCACGGGUGUCCCCCAGGAGGGUGGCAGGGGCCCUGCCUUCAAACCCCGGCCCCCUCCAGGGGACAGUUAUUUAAACGAGUGGCCGGGAGCAUCUGCCACCUGCUGGGGAGGCAGAGACCCUGCGAUGGCCACCUCUUUAAAAGGGCAGCUGUACAGGGCUAGGUUUUUUCAAUGACGUUUCUGUAUUAAAGGAGUGGCUCUGGGUU